AUGGAGCAAAACACCCUUGUGCGCCGUGGAGUCGGUCUUCGCGGCGUCGACCAUGACCUUGCCUCCCCAGGCUACCUUCUGUACGCUCAUCUGACCAGCCCAGGCACAGUCCGACUGAUCGCCAAUGACGGGAUGGAAGUCCACCGCUGGAACCUGCCCUACCGUCCUGGCCGUCACGCCCGCAUCCUCCCCAAUGGCAAUCUCGCCUACAACGGCGUCCACCCGGAUGGACCGAGGCUGUUCCCCAUGUGGCAGAAGUACCGCGGCGGCGUCAUGAUGCAAGUCGACCCCGACGGCAAAGUCGUGUCUGAAUAUCGAGAUCCUCUGGCCCACCAUGACCAGCACCACCUGGACAACGGCCAGAUCCUGUACACGACGUUGGAAGCUCUCAGUGCAGAACAAGCCGCGACAGUACCUGGCGGCAUCCCUGGGUCCGAGGCACCAGAUGGACACGUAUACGCCGACUGCAUCAAGCUCGUGGAUCCUACAGACGACGGCAAAGUGCUCUUCCACUGGCGCGCCAUCGACCACCUCGACCCGGCGAAAUUCCCCCUCCACCCGCACUUCGCGCGCGAGCACUGGCCCUUGAUCAACAGCGUGCAGCAGCUGCAAGACGGCAACAUCCUAGCGUCGCUGCGCAGCGUGUCUGCGGUCGUCAUCAUAUCCCGCGAGACAGGCGAGGUGAUAUGGCAUCUCGACAGCAGCGUAGUAGCGCAACAACACUGUGCCAGCGAGCUGCUGUCCGAAGACGGGACCUCCAGCAUCCUGAUCUUCGACAACGGCACCUUCCGCCACCACCAGAGCGCCACCUAUUCGCGGGUCAUCCAAGUCGACCGCUCCACCAAGAAGAUCGUGUGGGAGUACCGCGACCGAUCCCUCCCCGGCGCCUUCUUCAGCCCGUUCAUGGGCGGCGCGCAGCGCCUGCGCAACGGCAACACGCUGAUCACCGAGGCCGUCUCUGGGCGCAUGUUCGAGGUGACUCCCCAAGGCGAGAUCUGCUUCGAGUACAUCAACCCGCAUUUCGCAGACUACAAGCAACUGAACGCGCCCGAGCUGGACGAGAUCGGUUUCGAUUAUCCCGCAAAUGCCGUCUUUCGGGCUUACAAGUACACGCCGGACCAGGUGCCAUGGCUGCGCCUGCCGAAUUGA